AGUCUUUUGGUCUGAAUGUGUGGUGUCUGUGUUGCAGCAGGUGUCCUCGCAUGUGCCGGGGUGGCAAGGGUCUCAGUCUGCCCACAGGCGCUGCUGGCACUGAGGGAGAAAGCCAGAAUCUUCUGCCAGAAGACCCAACCUUGGGACAGGGCCGAGGCCCGGCUGCAGAGCACUGCAGGAGACUCACAGUCAGCCAUUCCCUUCAGGGAAGUUGUGCAGGACAUGGAUGACUAUUUGAAUCCACUUCUCACGCAGCUCAACUUUUCUUGUAUGAGGCCCCCAGCCUCACCCUUUCAGGGAUCUGAAGUGACCAAAAGCAAAGCUGAGGAAGACGAGGCCAGCACAGCAGAACCAGGGGAGGGUUUGGUGAUACUGGCAGACAGGAACUUGCUGGAGUUGCCUCUGGAGUCUUUGUCCAUCCUGCAGGAAGAAGGCCUCAGUUUUGUUUCACGAGACUUUUCUCUGCAGUUCUUCUACAGCCGCCUCAGUCCAGACAAGACACAGAAAGCUGAAAGUGACAACAAAACGGACACCAAACUUAGCAAGGGAGCGAAGGGGAAGGCACAUCAAAGCCAGGGCAUCAAAGCGACACCUGUUGGUCCCGUGCAGCCUUCUCUAGCCAUCCCAGUGGACAUACAAAAUUUUCACUAUUUCGUUGACAGUGAAGGAGAGAGAUGUUUGCCUCUGAUGAGGGAGGUUUUGGAAACACACAUGCAGCCUUUCACCCAUCUGUGGGGGGGCAGCAGAGUCUCUGAGACUGAGCGUGUGCUGCGGCGGUGCAGCGCCUUUAUCUACGUGGGGAGGGACCGCUUUGUGGGAAUCAUCCCCCCUAAGAGACUAGCUGCUCUCAAUCUGCCUGAGUGCCGGCUGGCUCUGCUCUUUGACCACGUUCACAAACAAGCUGCCCCUCACUCCCAGUCAAACCAUGACCCACACAAGAGCAUGCAGCGGCUCGCCCUGCAGGAACCUGUGGAGACCGCUCUGUUGCUAAGCUUGAGCGGUGUCAGCUGUGUGGUCCUCAACCAGUGGCCCUGCAGCCUUCAGCAGAAUGCGCUCAAUGCUGCAACAGUGCUUGAUGAACUGCUGAGGGUCAGAAAGAGCUCAGGCCAGACCAUCCAAACCCUGAGAGGGGGGGUCAACUCAGCAGAGCCGCAUCACAGAAAUCCAGGCUGGCGUGACACUGGGAGGUUAAACAACUCCAAAGAAGACGGCGUGACCGGCACACCAUCAGCCUUUAACUGCAUUCUUUACGGACUUCCCUAUUUGACUAUCACUUAAUUGAACAAAAUUCCCAGGACUUUUCUUACUGCUGAAGUUUUACCUGAACACCUGAGCUCCUGAAAGAUGAGGGCCCCUAUGUUGUCUUUGCUGCUUAGUAAAGAUGAAAACGUUGA